CAGCUAUGGGGUUUAUCGAGCUGAUUCUUUACUGCCUUUGCAAUGGCAAACAACAGACUGGUUAGGGAAGCGUUCGACGCUGCGACUGUAUUUUUGAAACCGGUACUUGAUCGAGAAGAAAUAAAGAAAAACCGCGGUAGCUCUGUCUUAGAGAUAUUGAGCAAGGAUAUACUAUUAUCUUUUUCAGAUGAUACCCUCGCAAGGACGGUUAUCAUAGAAAAGGCGCUGGAAAUUCUUACCCGUAUUCAUACGGCUUUUGCGGCCCCUGUAGAAGAUAAUGGACAGCCUGAAACCGACCAUGGACCAGAGGAUAUGGCUUUGGAGGAUGCAAAACGGCGUCGACUACUGCAUGCGCUUUUGGAUCUGAUCUCUCUUGAAGGGAUCUAUCCGUCGCUUUCGCCGGGAGUCGGAAUACCUCUACAGGAAAGAGUGAUUUCCGUCCUGCCUGCUGGAGUUAUUGCGAAGCCUUCUGCUACUAUUUUUGGCAGUAACCCUGAGGAUGAGUCUCUCCUCAAUCAUAUACUGACCGGGAUCCUGAAUAUCCUUUUCGAUGCGCGGCCAAGCAUACAGCCUGUUAUCCGUGGUCGGAUCCUAAGUGACAUAGUUAGUGGCACCGCAGACCUGGCCUUUAAUUCCAAGACUCUUCCUGUUUCUGAAAAGAACAACUAUCGAGAAGCAUUUAGGAGAGUUGUAAAUGAAACUUCGAGCCCAGUUCUACUGUCUAUGUUGGCCAGUUUCCUCAAGUCGGACAUUGCUCCCUGGUUAAAGCCUAUAAUUUCCAGUGAGAUUUCCUUGGUUCCUCUGCGUCAAGAUGGUGUAUUGCAAACGAUACUUUUCAUAGCCUCUCAGUUUGCUCCCUCUCUGGGACAAGAGGCCCAGAACCAAAUAACCAAUGGGCCUCAUUUCACCGUGCAAGCUAUUAUGCACACAUCGAAACUACUUUCUUCAGUGCCUCGGGAUAUGGAUCCCAGUGCCUAUUUUCAAAAGAUUGCGCCACAGCUAUUAGCACUGCUUGACAGUGACGAUCCUGACUUGAGAAGAACUACAGCGUACGUUAUCGGUAAUGGGAUCUUGGGGAAGCGAGCCUACGGGGCUCCUAGGACAAUUGGACAUUCGUUAUUUGUGAAGCCCAUUUUCCAAGCUCUAACUGCGGAAAUCAAUCAAACGCCAAGCUGCGACGUGACAAUCCCUACCGAUGGAGAACAUCCUCACGGUGCAGGUGGUAACCUACAAGAGCCAAUUCUCGUAGAUGAAUCCACCAUUCGAUUAAUGAUUGAACGGCUCUCGGUCCUGACUCUUCAGCAUCCCAAUCCUGGCCUCGUGAAGAGGCUCAUCUAUCCCAUUCUUCUUCCACUGUGGGGAUUGGCCUGUUUUGCUUUGGAACAGCAGCUUUCUACUAUGAAACAGCAGGUCAUAACAAUGUUGCAAACGUUCUUCAGUGUGUCAUCAGGAGGGGAACCGCUACAGAAGCUCGCCAACAAUCUUCUGUGGGAUGGUGGCGCUACGUGGACAUACUGCCAGGGGACAAAUGGUGGAGUGUCGCUGAAAAACCGCCAUACAACCAGUCGAAAGCGAUUUAAUAUUGUGCAGCUGCUCGAUUCGCUUGACCACCGGGCUGAAUUGUUCGUCAAGCUUCUAGGGUCUGAUCCCAAAAGCGAGGAGCACACUGGAGAUAUCUUCUUGCUCGUUAGUCGAUCAUGGCUUAUGCAGCCAUCCACCAGCCAGCGCCCUUCAAAUUGGCCAAGAAUUGCAGUGGAUGGAGAUGAGUCAAAGAGUGUAAUUCAAAAGCUAGUCAAUGCGAAACUGGCGGAGAAACUGCUCGAUAGCUUUAAGGAUAUAUUGUCACGACGCCCUCUCAGGAUUCUCGAGCUCGUAAACCAGCUCAUUGACGGUGAACUUAGACGGAGGGAGACAAGACAACGAAGGGAACUGGAGGGCGGUGGUGGAAAGGUCUCCCUUUCGUCUUUAGCUAAUAUCGUGGAGAAGAACGAUGACAAGCAAGCAGAAAGUUCAGCCGAUGAAGAAUCAGCUGAAUUAUUGUCAGCGGUAUUUAGCUUGCUGUCCACCAUUCUUGCCUCUCCCGAGUUCCAUCCAUCCCAAGAGAUUCGUCCAGUUCUCGAUAGCGUCAAAUCAUCAUUGGAUAAACUGCUUCCUCUCUUGCCUCCAUCACUUUCAAAGCCAGGCACGACAGCGUCGAUGCUCCUUGAAAUUCAGCUCUCUUCCCCAGAACAGCAAUCCCAACCUGAGUCUAAACAGAAGCAGACUCAUGUCUCUGAUCUUGAUACCCACCGGCAAGCGUUGACGAACCUCAAUUCUGAUCUCCCCCCCGUACAGGCAGAGGGGCUCUCCCUUAUCUCUGACUUGAUCAAGGAAUCCUCCCCUGUUCUCGAUAUUCCAUCCACCUUGGCUCUUUUAUUAUCGAUCCUAACUGAGUCAGUCUCUGAAUCAACUUCCAACGAGGAGUUUAUCUACUUGAAUGUUAUCAAGCUUAUUGGCACCUUGGCAUCGAGACAUCCACGGACGGUUGUGAAGGUUCUAGUCGAACGUUAUGCUGAUAGAAACGAAGAGAGAACUCUCGAUCAAAGACUUAGAAUAGGCGAAUCUUUGCUCCGCACUGUCCAGGACCUCGGGGAAGCUCUAACUGGAGAAACAGCCAAGGUGCUUGGUGAAGGUAUAAUCUCCGUUGCUGGACGACGAGGGCGGAAACCCCAAACUCAGAGACGCCAGAGAGAGCAGCUCGAAAAAGAAACCCGGAAACGGGAGCAGGAACUUCGUAAACAGCAAGAAUUCCCAAUGGCAACAGACUUGGAAGAAGUCGCGAGGGGAUACCUUAAAGACGAGGACUCCGAAGCUGAGACUCCCGAGCAAGCUGCAUUUUCUGCACGUACGCUGUCUGUGUGGGCCGCCGGUGCAGCCUCUGAUGAGGAUGCGGAUGACCUUCGAGUGCGCGCAUCUGCAAUUUCAAUCCUCGCAUCCGCCAUCCAAACAAAUCUUGCCGGACUGGGACCAUCCAUCGCCUCAUCGGCUGUUGACCUCGCGCUGAACACCUUAACACUCGAAUCAGAUCCCGAAAGUGCUAUCCUUCGUCGUGCAAGCGUUAUCCUCCUUCUCGAUAUCCUCAAGUCUCUUGAUACAGCUCGAGAGACUCGCGGGGCCGCGGCUCUGAAUUUCGGCUUCUCGCUUUCCGAUGACACUGGAUCUGCGUCUAUCUUAAACGAAACAAAAAGCUAUGGUGGUGGACCAUCCACCAUCGGGAACCUCCCGCAUAUGCUUCGGACGCUAAAAUUCGUCGAGAGCUGCGAAACUGAUAGUACCGUUCGUGGUCAUAUUCGCGUGCUAAUUGAGAGCCUGGAGGCGUGGAUGGAAAAGUCUCUGCUCUGGGGCAUAGGUCUACAGGGCGAACAACGUGAACUGGAAGAGCGACUUGAACUCGGUGAUAGGAUUGCCGGUUUAAGUGUUAACCCUCUGGCGGGAAGAAGUGGAAGUGGGAGGCCUAGGAUUGAGGAGAUUGAAUAGUUGAAAAUGCUGUUCACUUCCCUAUAUAUAUAUAUAUAUAUAUACUUUUUGUUUCAUUGAGCAUGCUACUAGUGUUUCUCUGAAAGUCACCAGGAGUCUUCAUGGUUACAUAGAUAGAUCGUACGAGCAGAGUGUCUUGAUAUUCUGGUGCUCGUAGGAAUAAAAAGCUUCAAGUUGAACGUCCAU